AUUUUUCAAACUAAAAUAAACGAACCCUUAUUGUUACUAGCCCAUUCGUUGAGGCCGACCUCAUUCCAAAUUGGGAACACGAGCCUGAAGAUUUGCCAUUGAAGGCUUGACACCAACGCUUCUGCAAUUUGUUGCUGCUGUAACAUCUUUCUUUUGUUGUAAGGACUGGAUCGAGCCUGAAAUAAAUCCUGUCCGACCCGGCUCUCCAACAUGGCCUAAGAGCUUUUCACCGGCAUAAAACUCUGUGAUAUGAGUUCAUUCUUCACCUGACAUGCAUCUGUUUGUGGAAAUACUGGUAUGGGAACCCAAAAUUUUCUGUGGAGUUUUGCCAAGAAAUAUUUCACGUUUGGACUCAUAGCCCUUACCGUUUCAGAUCGUUAUGCUAGUGUUGUUCCUAUUCGAGGUGUCUCUAUGUCUCCCACAUUCAAUCCCCACGGCAGCACUUUGACAGGAUUGACUGAUGACUACGUUUUGGUGGAGAAAUUUUGCCUUGAUAAGUACAAGUUUUCUCAGGGUGACGUGGUAGUUUUCUGCUCCCCAAGUAACCACAAGGAGAACCACAUAAAGAGAAUCACUGCCUUGCCAGGUGACUGGAUCUCAAGUCCUUAUGCUCAUGAUGCUCUGAAGGUUCCAGAAGGCCAUUGUUGGGUUGAGGGAGACAAUUUUGCUUCUAGCUUGGAUUCAAGAUCCUUUGGUCCCAAGUUGCUGACUAAAUCAUAUCGGCAGAUUCCUUUGGGUUUGGUUCAGGGAAGAGUUACCCACAUUGUCUGGCCUCCCCGGAGAGUUGGUAAAGUUGAGAGAAGAAUUCCUCAAGAUGGUCUUCCGUUCUAAUUUUUAUUUCAACAGCAGGUUCCUCUUCACGCAGAAAGCAAAUUUUCACUUGAUUCAUUUGACAGUGUGAACAUUUGCUAGAUGCACCAUUUUUCGGAUUAGAGCAGUGAGUGAUCUGAGUAUUAAAAAUGUUAGGGGCAAUUCAAGGGCUGCUUUUAAUUGUACCAAACAUAACAAUAUUUCUUUCAUGUUUAAUUUCUCCUUCUGUAACUUUAGACCAUUCUGUUGAAUUAUAGCUUUCCAUUUUGAAAUUUUGACAUUAUUUAUUA